GUCAAGGAGAGGGGAGCUGCUGUGCACAUGCACACCGGAACGGCGCACGCCUUGCACACGAGAUAGACAGCCACUAUGAGCACGAGUGGCCAAGAUGCGAAGCUCUUCGCAAGGGUAUGUCAGUUCUCUAUGCCCCCCAUCUACAUACAACGGCGUCCGCAGCAGUGGAAAAUCGAUAUAGACCUUCCACACCAGAGCCACCAGGGCUGCUGAUCUUGUAAUCUUGUCUAUUGGUGGAGGACACUAUACUAUCGUACAUGUCUUACGGAUGCACUCGAGCUAUGCCGCCAUGUUCAUACCCUAUGCAUUCGAGAGCCAACGCUUACACUAUUUCCGAACACCACAGGGCAAAGUAGCGGAACUUCGGCUGGAGCUGAACAGUGGUGGGAAGAAGGACAAGACCCUUGCGGCAAAGAAGACGGCGCUGAAGAAGAUCGUUGCGAACAUGACCAUGAGCAACAAUGAUAUGGUGGCACUAUUUCCAGACGUCGUGGGCUGCAUGCCUCUGCCGAGUUUGGAGAUCAAGAAGAUGUGUUUCUUGUACUUGGUCAACUAUGCGAGGGUAAAGCCCGACAUUGCCCUGAAGGCGUUACCGAUCAUCCAGCAGGAUAUGCAGGCCAGCAACCCACUGGUACGAGCACUGGCACUUCGAACAAUGUCAUAUGUGCACGUCCGCGAAUACGUCGAAGCUACGAUCCCUCACGUCAGAGACUUGCUCAAGGACAACGACCCGUAUGUCCGCAAGACGGCUGCAUUCUGCGUUGCGAAGCUCUACGACCAUGACAGGCAACUCGUGGAGCGAUCAAACCUCAUUGACGUUCUAAACAACAUGUUGAGGGAUGAGAACCCUACAGUUGUGUCGAGUGCGUUGGCUGGGCUGAUGGACAUCUGGGAGCGCAGCGACAACAUCAGGCUGACGAUCGACUACGCCAGCGCGUCUAAGAUCGUCCAGAUCCUCCCGGACUGCUCGGAAUGGGGCCAGACAUACAUCCUCGAGGCCAUGAUGAACUACGUCCCACAAGAUACCCAAGAAUCCGCAUUGCUUGCCGAGCGGAUAUCGCCUCGCCUUUCCCAUUCAAACUCUGCCGUCGUUUUGACGUGCAUCCGCGUAAUAUUAUACCUCAUGAACUACAUCGACGACCAAAAAGUAAUCAAAUCACUGUGUAAUAAGCUCUCGCCGCCGCUGGUGACGCUCCUCUCCAAGGGACCGGAGAUCCAGUACCUGGCGCUGCGAAACGCACUGCUCAUCCUCCAGAGGCGGCCAGAGGUCCUACGGAACGACAUCCGGGUCUUCUUCUGCAAAUACAACGACCCUAUCUACGUGAAGGUCACGAAGCUCGAACUGAUCUUCAUGCUGGCUACGGAGAAGAACAUCAAGGAAGUAUUGACCGAGUUGGCUGAAUACGCCACGGAAAUCGACGUAGACUUCGUCCGCAAAUCCGUCCGCGCCAUCGGCAAACUCGCCAUCAAGAUACCGCCCUCCUCCCAACUCUGCAUCUCGACCCUCCUCUCGCUCGUCGCCACCAAAGUCUCCUACAUCGUCCAGGAAGCCACGGUCGUAAUCCGCAACAUCUUCCGCAAGUUCCCGAACCAAUACGAAUCCAUCAUCUCCACCCUCUGCGAGAACCUCGACUCGCUCGACGAGCCCGAAGCCAAAGCCGCCAUGAUCUGGGUGAUCGGGCAAUACGCGGACCGCAUCGACGACUCGGACGUCCUCCUCGACGACUUCCUCGACACCUUCCGCGAAGAAACCCACGAAGUGCAACUCGCCCUCCUCACCGCGACCGUCAAACUCUUCAUCCAGCGCCCCACGAAAGGCUCCCCCCUCGUCCUCAAAGUCCUCAAGUGGGCCACGGAGGAAACAGACAACCCGGACCUCCGCGACCGCGGCUUCAUGUACUGGCGUCUCCUGUCCUCCUCCCCAGACAUCGCGAAGGCGAUAGUAAUGGGCGCCAAACCCGCCAUCACGGCCGAAGAAUCCGAGAAACUCGACCCGGGCACGCUGGAGGAAAUGUGCCUCAACGUCGGCACCCUCGCGACCGUGUACCUCAAGCCCGUCAACCAGGUCUUCCGGUCCGCCCGCCCCAGGAAGUUGCAGGACUCCCCCGCCCUCCAGCGCCACGAACUGCCCACCGUCGUCGCCGCCCACCAGGCGCGUCAGCGCGCCGCGGCUGAGCGCUCGAAACUCGAUACCGUGUCUAACGGCUCCGGCUACGCCGCGCCGCAACUCAGCCCGACGUUCAACGGCAACGGAAAUGGCAGCGGCACGCCGACGAAUCUCGCCGCGGCGGUGAAUGACGCAGACGCGUAUUUCGCGGGCGUGGGCAGGCAGAGCAGCUUCGGAGGUAGUCCGAUUGCGGCGGCUGGUGGCGGACAGGGACAUUGGGUGGUUAAUCAGAAUGCGCCGCAGCAGAGCUUGAUGAGUCCGACGGGGUUGGAUGGGACGCAGGAUCUCUUGCUCUAGGGGACGGAGCUCAUUCCUUUUUGGUGCUUGUGUUGGUUUCUUGGGGAGGGGGUUUGGAACGUUGGAUGUUUGGAUACAUAUAUAUUGAUUGACGUGUUGAAGCAAGUCUGGAGCAGUAGUGAGGAUGAGGUGGUUUUUGAGGUUGGAUGUUUGUCGUUGUUGUCGCUCUAGGAUACGAGUAGCGUAGCGUAGCCAGGGGAGUGCGGGCGUAUGUACAUGUGCUCGUUGUGUAAUCUUACCCUUUUACCCUUUUUUUUCUGAAUGCGUUUUCAAGAUAUCACAAUGUAGUUGGGUGCUUUUUCGGCC